AGACUCGACGGUUCGACUCUAACCCUUCACACUCGGCUAAAUCGCGAAAGAAAUCUCUCACGAAUCUCUAUCUAUCUCCCCUAAGUGCGUAUUUCGAACGGAGCUGCGAUUCCAUGGCGACCAACGGAGAUAAGGUCACGGCUACGGUGGUGAAUGGUGGAGGGCUUUCUACUGGUGAAAACCCUAAGAAAAUCGUAGACCUCAACACUACGGAGUUAGAUCGUACUGAUGACAUUCUCCACGGAGAAGUUAAGGGAUUUUCAGAUUCUGGUGAAAAAAAGGACGAAACUGACUCUAAUGGUAUUGGAUCGACGGCUGGUGUUGAUUCUGGUGAUAUCUCUCCGGUCGAUGAUAUCCAGAAGAAGAUUCGACGUGCUGAGAGGUUUGGUGUUUCGGUGAAACUAACCGAAGAAGAGAAGCGCAAUUCUCGUGCUGAGAGGUUUGGUACUGUAGCAGCAGCAGUGGUGAAUGGCUCAGAGGGAACGAAGAAAGCAGAGGAAUUGAAGCGAAAGGCUAGAGCUGAUAGAUUUGGGGUUCCUGCUGCGACCACUAGUACUGAUAACACUGAGGAAGAAGCAAAGAAGAAAGCCAGGCUCGCUCGUUUUGGGAAAGAGACUAAAGUUGAUUCUGCUGAAGAAGAUAAGCGCAAAGCUAGAGCAUUGAGGUUUUCAAAAGGGGCUUCAGCAGAUGCAUCUUCAGAUUUACCUGGGAAGCAAAAUAUUGGCAAGGAGGCAGCUGUAUCUGGAAACGCUGCCUAAGGUUUCUCAAUAAGUUUUUCCGUCUUUGUAGUUAGGUAGUGUGCUAGCGUUUUAUGAUUCCCUCUCUGGCUGCUUCAUUCUCUCUUUAUUUCUGAAUUAGAAGUCCCCGUGUGUAGUAUCUUUAUUAAGUUCGAAGUUCGGUCGUGGCAAGCUUUUGCGGUCAUGCAAAGAUUCUCUCAGAUGGACGGAAGAUAAGCUGUCACCAGAUGAGAUCUUGGGAAACCAAUAAGUAACCUAUAGUUCUGAUUGUCUUAAAUGGCGAUUAUCAAAGUGUUAGGACCUAGGAAUUCUGAAGUGGCUGGUAUUGAUGUUUUCCAUGUUGCAGGUUCUUGAAGUGGUAAGUACGGCUUGAGUAAUACCUUUAUUUCGUUUUAAUAUAUGGGAAUGUGGAUGGUCCUUUAGUAUUGCAUGUUCGUAUCAAGCACAGGCAGCAGCAACCGAAAAUGUGUACGGCAUGCAGCAAAUAUUUAAGGAAGAGAUAUAAAAUUUGCUGUUUUGAAGGCUAGUUAGAAAUAAGAAGUGUUGAUUACUUUUGAAUUGUGCCUAUUUUGCUAGUUUAUCUAUCUAGGUCUGUAGUUUUUCUUAGUCAUGGUUACGAAAUUAAGCUGGUCUACUGGUGUUCUGUGCUUGAUUGCGAAUAUUGCUUGCAAAAUGGACCCCAUAAACAUGUGUCGUUCUUUGGUUACUUAUUUUCAUAUGACCUCUCAAGCCGCUACUUCAGAAUUUCUUUGUCAUGUAAGACAUCAUUAGAACUAUAGAGGUACUUGUUGGUUUCUAUAUCUCUGGUCUCUAUGGCAGCUGAAGGAAAGAGAGCCUCAGAUUCUUAAUCUCUGUUCGUGGGACUGGGACUUUGCUGGCUUUCUGAUGCUACACAAUUUCUUUGUUUCUGUAAUAGAUUUUAGAUACUCUUGUUGAUACUUGCUUUCUGUUAAUUUUGAAUGAAGCGCCAGAAAACUUUUAUAAAGGGAAUGUAAUGUUAAGUUUGCUACUUAUGUUUAAUUGUUGUCUUUGUUCUUCUUA